AUGUCUAUUCUAUUUAUACUACUAGUAAUAACAACGUCAGCGACGACGUCAACAACACGGUAUGAAUUUAAAUUUCCAAAACUUUUCCCUGCAGUUGAUGCUUCACUCCUGUCACAAAAGUAUUUAAAACAAUCAGAAAAAUUUUAUUUAUCAAGAUAUAAUAAUAAUAAUAAUCAGCAUUUCAUGAAAUCCCUGUAUGACCAUCAAAAUAAAUGGAGGGAACAGCGUGAAGGUGAACUGCCUAAAUCCGAUAGGAUGUCUGAGAAUACUGACGGCAAUGGUGCCACCUAUAUCAACACGAAUAAUAAUGUGAAUAAUAAUAUCAAUAAUGAAGCAAGCCAAUUAUUAAUGAUUGAAAAGUACAAAAGAAAAUUAUUACGUCUAUUAAAUCUGAAAUCCCCGCCGAAUGUGAAUGUUAACAAUGAAUCCGAAUGGAAUUCCCUGCCAAUUCUGUUACGUAAUCGUUUAAAAGCUGAAAUUGAUGCCUCCAGCCAGUUGAUAAACAAGCCAAUUGAUAAUGACGAUGAGGAGAAAGGCACGCUGAUACUACUGAAUCAAUACAAAUUACCAAUGAAAUUACCAAAUCCAAAUAUCUUCACUUUGAAAGUGGCUGAAGAAAUUGAUCCAAUGCACAUCAGUAGAGUUACGCUACACAUUGAGAUUAAUGGUCAGAUUCGUUCAAAUUCAAAGUUCACAUGUUGGGAAAUCUAUCCCACAGCAUAUUUAUCAAGAUUUUUAUGGAUAAACAAUAAAGGCGAGUCAAUCCCCUCACCGAACACCAAUAAUAAUAAUAACGAAAAUGAAAAUGAAUAUGAUUAUGCUGCUGGCGAAAACGAUCCAGAAGUGUCUUCUUCAACUGAUGUCUUACUAACACCAACAUUUAUUAAUAAUCCUGUAACACAAUAUUAUCAUCAUCAUCAUCACCACUAUUAUCCUUAUUACUUGUCAUCUAAUGAUUAUCAAAAAAUGUUUAAAUUAAUUAAACCAGAGAUAGCGCAUACACUUGUACCUGAAGGGUAUUCAACACCAGAUUUAACAUUGAAUAUAACAGAUCGUAUGAUCCAAUGGUUAAAACAAAUGAUAAAUAAUCAAUCGCAUAAACCGUUGACAAAAUAUUUAUUGAUUACAUGUGAUGAUUGUGAUAAUGAAGAGAAUAUUAUUGAUCCAAAAAAGGUUGUCGUUGAAAUUAGAUAUCAUCCACGUGUAUACAGACAGAAACGUUCUUCAGUAAUGGAAGGUGAUGAAACAUUAUCGAAUGUUUGUCACUCGACUGGACAUCAUUUUGGUUGUUGUACACAACCGCUGUCUGUAAAAUUUGCUGAUAUUGGCUGGGAUAAUUGGAUUAUACAACCGAAAGCUUUUCAAUUGAAUUAUUGUCUUGGAUCAUGUAAAAUCACAUCAGCAAAAAGUCUACAUUAUGACGUCAUGGAUAUCCUGCUCCGUAGAAACUUAUCACAAUUCGGCAACAUACAACCUGAUGAAAUACAAUCCUGCUGUCAUCCAACACAUUUGGCAAGUAUGCCUGUUCUCUACUUAGACACAAAUCGUGAAUUACAAAUGCAUAGAUUGCACAAUCUGAUUGUUUUAGGGUGUGGUUGCAGUUAA